AUGUCUAAAUUACCUGAAUUCAAGAUUCCAAAUGUUGUGGAUCCUAAAUUAUGGCCAAAUCCUCGUACAAUGACACCAUAGUAAUUGUAAACAUAUACAUCGUUGGAUAUGGUCAAAUUGAACUACACAUUCAAAACAUUAAAGAAAUCAGCACCAUACAUUGCUGGUGUAUUAGCUGGAUGCUUUUUUACAAAGCUUGUUGUUGAUGGAGUUGUGAAAGGAUUCAUUUUUGGAGAGAAUGGUACUCUUUUUAUGUUAUCUAUAGGAAAUGGUGGAAAAAUCUUGGAAAUGAAGACAUACAAUAGCAUUGGAGAUUAUACUUAUAAUAGAUAAUUCUAAAGAAUGAGAUAUCUCACUGAAUUACCAGCAGGUAUUCUAUAAUGUUAUAUAUAUUUUUAUAGGCGAUGAUCCUCUUGUUAAGACCAGCGAUUAUUUAUUACAUGACUUAGGUGUCACAACUUAAUAAUGUGGAAUUUAACAUGGUGUUGUUAAGAAAGUACCACAUGAUAAGUAUCUAUUGUGAGU